AUGGCGCCGUCAUUGCUACCGAGCACCGGCGACAACGAACCGAUAGAGGGAGGGACUCGACCACCAGGCGAUGAGACGCUUCGCUUUCCAUUUACCCUUUCCCUUCCAACACCCCACUUCCUAAGCCGCAGGUCUUCAUCCUCCUCGGAUCCCGAUGAUGUGGACAUUCAGGAGUUAAGCCGCAGCCUUGCCCAGGUGGGAUCAUUUACGUCAGGCACACUUUUGGAUCGAGGAACUUCAUGCUAUGCAGGCAUCGAAACACGACCACAGACAAUACAGAAAAAGCCUCUGUCUUCGACAAUUGAGACUCCAGUAUACGGCACCUUCGACGAAAAUGUCGACAGGACUGGCGAGCUUGAAUCCGCCGACGUGUUUGAGGACACCAAGUUCAUAGGAAUCAGUCCGAAGCGCUUCUGGCUGAUCUUCGUGGUCAUCACUCUGGGCUAUUUCAUUGCUUGCUUUGACUCGACCCUGAUGGCUUCAAGCCAUCCUGUGAUCACGUCCUACUUCGGCGCCUCUCAGGCGGCCUCAUGGCUAAGUACCGUCUUCUUGAUCACAAGCACGGCCUGCCAGCCCCUGUUCGGUCGUCUAUCUGACACAAUUGGAAGGAAGCCAGUCUUUCUGCUGUCGUUCGCCAUCUUUGGGUUGACUACAGGUUGGUGUGCUCUUGCGGGGAGUAUUGAGAGCUUUAUUGCGGCAAGAGCGGUCUGUGGUAUAGGAGCCGGAGGAACAAUGUCGAUGAGCCUGAUCAUCAUAAGUGAUCUUGUUCGCAUCGAGCAUCGUGGCGUUUUCCAAUCUCACAUCAACCUCGCUUUUGGACUGGGAUCAGCAUCGGGAGCUGCUCUUGGUGGCUGGCUGUGCGACAGUUUGGGCUGGAGAUGGGCCUUUGGGAUCCAGGUGCCCUUCAUCGGUGCUUGCCUCGUCUUGGCGAGCAUGUUCACGCCUACCGACCUUGGGCCAAUGCUCAUCAAUGCUGGCGAAGGAGGCGCCUGGAUCGCCCUCAAGAGCUUUGAUUACCUUGGAUCGAUGUCCCUGAUCAUCACAAUCACCUCAUUGAUCCUUGCCCUUAACCUCGGGGGCAAUGUGUUUCCAUGGACGUCGCCAGUGAUCACAGCAUGCUUUGCCGCCUCCAUUGCGGCGGGAUUCGGGUUCGUCUAUAUUGAGACCCAAGCCAGACAGCCGUUGAUGCCACUGCACUUGCUCAGCAAGCCGCCGAUUGCGAACAUGGUCUUUGCCAAUUUAUUGGGAGGCAUUGCCUCCAAUACCGUUCUAUUCAACCUGCCCCUGUUUUUUCAGGCCGUCUUGCUGACAUCCGCCUCCAGCUCUGGCUUCAGGCUCGCCCUGCCCAGUCUGGUAGGUUCCUUUGCGGGCAUCUCGACUGGAUACAUUAUCACGCGCACACGACGCCUCAAGCCGACUCUAGUUGUUGGAGCCUUCGUUUACCUCAUUGGAUCCAUUGCAACUUGCGCAAUCACCAAAAAUACUUCCGAGAUCGUGAGUCUCAUUCUCAUCACAGGCGUACCGUUGGGACAAGGGUUCGUUUUCCCCAACACCAUGAUGAGUGCUUUGGCAGUUUCGGAGCAAGCACAGCAAGCCGUGGUGACGACCACCAUUGGCCUGUGGAGAAAUUUGGGAGUAGUCUUGGGUGUCGCUCUUUCCAGCUUGGUCUUUCAGAACAGCUUGGUUGUCAAUUUGAGGCGGCACGUCACCGGUGCAGGGAGUGAUGAAGUCAUUCGUACGGUCCGUUCAGCGGUUGAAUCGAUCAAGCUCCUCCCCUUACCCGUGCGAGAUCAAGUAGUGAUUGAUGCUUACGCUCUAUCGCUCCGGACAACGUUCUUGUGCGCCAUAGCAGCUUCGGUUCUGAUGGUGAUUCUGAUUGUGCCAAUCAAACUCCCAAAAUUGAGAAGAGGCACACAGCCAGUCGUGAGCACCGGGGAGUAA